GUCUUGGGCCCAAGCCCACUCAAUGAAGCCCAACCCCUAUAUAAGGAGGCCUAAACCUCCAAACUAAAGAGCUCUCUUCCCUUCACAGAUUCUUACUCUAAGGUAUCUCUCUCUAUUUUAUUUCUCUACAUACCCAUUCUCUCCUAUAUUGUACUAACUUGGGCGUCGGAGCGUAGAUCCCGCGGGUCGCCCCCCGUGGGGCAAUUGUUUGGAACCCCAUCGUUUGAUUUCUGGAGGAGGAAAAGAUCAUCUAGCAGUCCGCAUGUCGAAGUUCAUAUUCAAGGUCGCCAACCCUCCAUAUCCACUCUUUUGUCACACUGGUCACGAGGAGCUUGGCAGGUCGGCUUCCAAAGCAAAAUUCAAGGGAAGAGCCCGAAAAAGAAUACAAGACAACAAAUUAGGAGCCAGCAACAUCUCUUCUCGUCGGAUGUUCACCAUCACCGUCGGCAUAGUUCACCUUAGUUUUAGUUUUCGCCGGCCAGUCUUCACCGCCAACCCAAAACCAGAUACUCAUCUCAUCGAUUCAUAUUUGAAGAAAAAAGGAAACGAAAGAUGAGAACAAAAACCAGCACUAGCCAUCAUAGUUGCCGUUCUCGCCGAUUCCCUGUCGCCAAUCUGGCCAAACCGCCAACAAGUUGGAGAGCUAAACUUGAACCAGUCGCCGGAAGACUUCUCCCAGAUUCCGGUGACGUAGCCUGCUCGUCGGGGCUGUGCUCUGCGACGGCGCGUAGGUGAAGCUAAGAAGAAGAAGGCUAGCAAUGGUCAACAUCAUUAUCUUGUGUCCAAUCCUCUCAAAAAAGUGAACGGCACCACAAAUCACGGGAUGGGCAAAGUCACAUCAGGGUCAUUGUCUCUUUCUGACAAAAAAGAGUAGCCGAACCCAUAUAUCGAGAUGCACGAAUAUCAAGGGAGUCUGAUGGAUUGGGAGCGCCUCAGAAUCGGGCUACUACGUCGCAAGGAGGAAGUAGCAAGGAAAGUGAGGGGGUGAACCCUGAAGGAAGAAGCCACUAAGGAAACGCAAAUUGAAGCAGCCGCAAAAGGAGCAAAAAUGCGACGGGAACGAUAAAGAAAUAAGAACGUC